UCUAGUUGGGAAUAGUAGUCUAGUUGGGAAUGGUAGUCUAGUUGGGAAUGGUAGUCUAGUUGGGAAUGGUAGUCUAGUUGGAAAUGGUAGUCUAGUUGGGAAUGGUAGUCUAAUUGGGAGUGGUAGUCUAGUUGGGAAUGGUAGUCUAGUUGGGAAUGGUAGUCUAGUUGAGAGUGGUAGUCUAGUUUGGAAUGGUAGUCUAGUUGGGAAUGGUAGUCUAGUUGGGAAUGGUAGUCUAGUUGGGAGUGGUAGUCUAGUUGGGAGUGGUAGUCUAGUUGGGAGUGGUAGUCUAGUUGGGAGUGGUAGUCUAGUUGGGAGUGGUAGUCUAGUUGGGAGUGGUAGUCUAGUUGGGAGUGGUAGUCUAGUUGGGAGUGGUAGUCUAGUUGGGAGUGGUAGUCUAGUUGGGAGUGGUAGUCUAGUUGGGAAUGGUAGUCUAGUUGGAAAUGGUAGUCCAGUUGGGAAUGGUAGUCCAGUUGGGAAUGGUAGUCUAGUUGGGAAUGGUAGUCUAGUUGGGAAUGGUAGUCUAGUUGGGAAUGGUAGUCCAGUUGGGAAUGGUAGUCUAGUUGGGAAUGGUAGUCCAGUUGGGAAUGGAAAAUGUUGUUUUCUCUACAAACCUUGGGGAGCGUAG